AUGACUAGUUAUUAUUUAGAAGAAUUAACUGAUGAUGAGUUACUAGGUGGUAGUGACACUGAAUCAGGGCGUAAAAAGACUUGUCGUCCCAAGCUUCGAGAUAGAAAAAAGAAUUCUCAAGAGUCACCAGAAUCAGCUGUACGACCUCGUUCUGGUUCUGGUAGAUCGCUAACUGAUCAGGAAAUAUUAGAAUCUGUUAUGAUAUUAGAUCUAGAUACAGGCAAUCAAAUACCAUUGAGUGUGGCUGAAGAAAACAUACCCUCAACAUUAAACCCAUUAGCAUUACAUAUCUUACAAAGAACACAAGAGAUGGGAAAAGAUGAUAUAGGUACCGAUGAAGAAGAUACUAGAUCAGAGAAAGGUACCCUUGGUACAUCAGGACUUAAAGCCAAAGAAAAGGCUAAAAAGUUAAAGAAGUUUUUAGGAAGAAAAAUGGGUAGAACAGUGAAGAAAGUUAAGAAUGUUGCAGAUAAUGUAUUACAUACAGAAGAAGAAAGUGUAGAAAAAGAAGUAUCAUUUGAUGGUAAAAUGUUUAAAAUCAAAUCAUCUGGUAAUAAUAAAGGGCCAUAUGAUUUUGCUCAGUUACAAAUGUUACAAGAUAUGAGUGGUGAACAUGUUGGUGCUAUCUGGACAAUGAAAUUUUCACAUUGUGGGAGAUUAUUGGCAACAGGUGGACAAGAUGGUGUUUUGCGAAUUUGGGUUUUAAAAUCAGCCUAUUCACAUUUUGAUGAUUUACGACAAAAAUAUUCAGAUGUGAAAGUUUCUCCAGCACAAUCACAUGAAAGUUUGAAUUCUAUUUCAUCAGAAAAUAUUUAUGUUAAUUUUAAUUUUCAGGGAGCCAGUUUAAAUGAAGAAGAAGAUCUCAAAGCGCCAUUUAAAAAGAAACCAUUUUUCUCAUAUAGUGGUCAUUUAGCAGAUCUAUUAGAUAUUUCUUGGUCUAAAAAUUAUUUUAUAUUAUCUUCAUCAAUGGAUAAAACUGUAAGAUUAUGGCAUAUAUCAAGACGAGAAUGUUUAUGUACUUUUCAACAUAUAGAUUUUGUUACUGCUAUAGUCUUUCACCCAAAGGAUGAUCGUUAUUUUUUAAGUGGUAGUUUAGAUGGUAAAUUAAGAUUAUGGAAUAUACCUGAUAAGAAAGUUACUCUAUGGAGUGAAGUACGGGGGUCCAGUAAUUUAAUAACUACAGCUAAUUUCUGUCAGAAUGGUAAAUAUGCUGUAGUUGGUACUUAUGAUGGAAAAUGUAUAUUCUAUAAUACAGAGCAAUUAAAGUAUUUUACUCAGAUCCAUGUACGCUCAACGCGUGGUAAAAAUGCUAAAGGACGAAAGAUAACUGGAAUUGAACCAUUACAUUCUGAAGAUAAGUUAUUAGUUACGUCCAAUGAUUCUCGUAUUAGAAUGUAUGAUUUAAGAGAUUUAACACUAUCAUGUAAAUAUAAAGGCAGUACCAAUCAGAGUAGUCAAAUUAAAGCUAAUCUAAGUGCAAAUGAGAAGUAUAUGGUCUGUGGAUCAGAAGAUCAUUUUCUGUAUAUAUGGAAAGUGCACCAUGACUACAAUAAAUUUUCUUCUGUUAGAAGAGAUAGGAACGAUUUCUGGGAAGCCAUUAAAGUUCACAAUGCUGUAGUAACAGCCGCUAUUUUUGCACCAAACCCAUCACUAUUUUAUAAAACUGAGGAGAAAUCCGAGCAACAGGGGGCAGCACAAACUAGUGACGAACACGGACAAAUUAUUAUUUCUGCUGAUUUUACUGGAGUUAUUAAAGUUAUUGCCAAUAAACCAAAGAGCUGA